AUGGCAUAUACUUGGUCUAUCCAGGCCAAGAAGGACCGGGAAGAACUUUUGGAAGUAAAGACAGAGGAAGAGGAGCUGGGGGAGGAGCAUAAAUAUGCCACUACGCAGGAUCAGAACCUGCAAAAGAACAACACCCACAGCAGGGAGGUCUUCUGACAGUACUUCAGGCAGUUCUGCUACCAGGAAACAUCUGGACCCCGUGAGGCUUUGAGCCGACUCCGGGAACUUUGCCAUCAGUGGCUGAAGCCAGAGACCCACACCAAAGAGCAGAUUCUGGAACUGCUGGUGCUGGAGCAGUUCCUGACCAUCUUGCCUGAGGAGCUCCAAGCCUGGGUCCAGGAACAGCAUCCAGAGAGUGGGGAAGAGGUGGUGACUGUGCUGGAGGAUUUAGAGAGAGAGUUGGAUGAGCCAGGUUAUCAGGUCUCAGUCCUUACUGAGGAACAGGAAAUGUUCUUACAGGAGAUUGUACCUCUAAGAACAGAACAAGAAUCCAGAAUAUGCCUUCCUUCUGUGCAAGCCCAGCCAAAGUGUGAAUCUGUAGAACUUGCAGCCCAACAGAAGCAAGAUAUUGAGACUGGAAAUGAGUAUAGGAAUUUAAAGCAAGAAGUUUCUCAAGAAAUGAAACCAUAUGGGAAUAUAGCUGGCAAAUUUGAAAAUGAAAUGUCUCAACCAGCUAGGUAUGAAAAAACAUAUGAACCUGAAGAAAAAACAGGAGAGUCUUCUGAAUAUUCAAGGGAAGAUAAAGAACCUACAUGUGAUGAAAAUGGAGUAAGUUUGACUGAGAACUUAGAUCUUUCUGAACACCAGAGAAUUUGUCCAGGAGAAAAGCCUUAUGUAUGUGAUGUCUGUGGAAGAGCUUUCAGACAACACUCACGUUUCGUAGAACAUCAGAGGAUCCAUACUGGAGACAGGCCCUACAAAUGCAAAGAAUGUGGAACUUUCCGUGGGAGAACUGUGCUUAUUUGACACAAAAUAUUACACACAGGAGAGAAACCCUAUAAAUGUAAUGAGUGUGGCAAAGCCUUUGGCCAGUGGUCAGCUCUUAAUCAACAUCAAAGACUUCACACAGGAGAGAAACACUACCACUGUAAUGAAUGUGGGAAAGCCUUUAGUCAGAAAGCAGGCCUCUUUCACCAUCUCAAAAUCCACACAAGAGAUAAACCUUAUCAUUGUACUCAGUGUAAUAAAAGUUUUAGUUGGCGUUCAAUUCUUACCCAACAUCAAGGAGUUCAUACUGGGGCAAAGCCCUAUGAGUGCAGUGAGUGUGGAAAAGCCUUUGUUUAUAACUCCUCCCUUGUUUCCCAUCAGGAGAUCCACCACAAAGAAAAAUGCUGUCAGUGUAAGGAAUGUGGGAAGUCCUUCAGUCAGAGCGGCCUUAUGCAGCAUCAGGGAAUCCACAAUGGAGAGAAACCCUACAAAUGUGAUGUAUGUGGAAAAGCCUUUAUUCAGAGGACAAGUCUUAUAGAACAUCAACGAGUUCACACUGGAGAGAGACCCUAUAAAUGUGAUAAGUGUGGGAAGGCUUUCACUCAAAGAUCAGUCCUAAAGGAACAUCAGAAAAUGCACACCGCAGAGAGGCCCUAUAAAUGCGAUGGGUGUGGGAAUGCCUUCUGAGGAAUCAUCAGCCUCAUUCAGCGUCAGAGAAUCCACACUGGGGAGAAACCCUACCAAUGUGAUGAAUGUGGCAAAGCCUUCAGACAGAGGUCAGAUCUUAGUAAACACUAGAGAAUCCACAAUAGAGGUGAUUCCUAUACAUAUAAGGUGCAUGGGAAGUCAUUUACACAGAACUCAGCUCUUAUUCAACAUCAGACUACCCACAAAGCAGAAAAAUCUGGUUCUGUAUGA